AUGACGCUUGUCUCUCCAACAGGCACGAGCGCAGUCGACUACGCCGAUGAUGCCACGGCCACUGGCCUUCGUCGUCCCUCGUCGGCGACGCGACUCGACUCGGAGGCAACAUUGCAAGAGGUUGCUUCUGAUCCACUCUUCCCCGGUAUAGAAUCGCCGUUCACCCCGGUUGACCGCCCCAAUGUGCUUGCAAGAGCAGCAACGGACGCCGCCACACCCGUCGCCAUACGACCCGUGCUGUCGCAGUCGCAUCGUAAGUCGACAGGCGCUGCAGUGACAUUGACCCAUGACAAUGUGCCCAUCAUGGAGGCGACUGCUGAGGCACAGGAAUCACCCUCCGAAGACUCUGAUUCUGACGACAACGGGGCACCUCUGCAGAUAAGCAAGAGCCACACCGCGCCUGCACAAGGCCAUCCUCUAGGAACCAGGCGGCUGAACAAGGUGAAGCGAGAGAAUGGCAACGGGAAGCGCGAUGUACAGGUCGGCAACGAGCACUUCCAGGGUCGCGGUCGCGUAGCCAGAGACGGCCGGCUUAGGAUAUCGGUGAACGAGACAGUUGCUAAGUCUGGCUACCUAUCGAAAGCGCUCGGAACGACCAUAACGAGGCAUCUACAUCCAGAAGCAAGAGAAGAAGAAGCAGAAGCUCUGCGACAUGCGGCAGCUUUUCACGAGUCACAAGCUAAGGGCACGCUCCAAAUACCCAGUCUCAACAUCGUGAUCAUGGUCAUUGGAUCUCGAGGAGAUAUUCAGCCUUUCCUGAAAAUUGGCAAAAUUCUCAAGGACAAGUACAAUCAUAGGGUCCGCAUUGCCACGCAUCCAACGUUCAAGAAGUUCAUCGAGGAAGAGAUCGGCCUCGAAUUCUUCAGCAUCAAGGGCGAUCCGUCCCGACUCAUGGCUUUCAUGGUGAAGAAUCCAGGUCUGAUCCCAUCGUUGGACACGAUCAAGGCUGGUGAGAUCGGCGAGAGGAGGCAGGACAUGUUCGAGAUGUUCCAGGGCAUGUGGAGAGCUUGCAUCAAUGCUACUGAUGACGAGCAUGAUCUGAUGAACCUCAAGAUGAUGGGCGACAAGUACCCUUUCAUUGCGGACGCGAUCAUCGCAAAUCCUCCUAGCAUGGCGCAUGUGCAUAUCGCUGAGAAGCUUGGGAUACCUCUCCACCUCUGUUUCCCGUUCCCAUUCCAUACGCCGACAUCACAAUUUCCGCAUCCACUGGCCAACAUAAAGUCGUCGAAUGUGGAGGACAUGCGAUACAUUAACUACAUGUCCUACCCAUUGGUCGAUUUGAUGACUUGGCAAGGUCUGGGGGAUCUGGUCAACAAGUUUCGACAGAAGACACUCAACCUAGAGCCAGUAUCGACGCUGUGGGCACCAGGCCAGCUUUCACGACUGAAGAUCCCGGUGACUUACCUGUGGUCUCCCGGGUUUGUCCCUAAGCCAGCAGACUGGGGCCCAGAGAUCGACAUAGCCGGCUACGUGUUCCUCGAUCUUGCGACAUCAUACAAACCGCCUGAUGAUUUGGUGAAGUUCCUGGAGCGAUCGUCUGACAAGCGGCCCCUUCUUUACAUCGGUUUUGGAUCGAUAUCCGGUAUCGAUGAUCCGACUGCAUUCACGCAGAUGAUUUUCGACGGAGUAGCUAAAGCAGAUGUGCGGGCCGUCAUCAGUAAAGGCUGGGGAGACAUGGGUAAGGGUAUGGAUAAGCCUGAUGGGGUUUUCAUGAUUGACAACGUGCCUCACGACUGGCUCUUCCAGUACGUGGACGCUGUCGUCCAUCACGGCGGAGCUGGCACAACAGCGGCUGGUCUCAAGGCUGGCAAACCAACGAUGAUCGUGCCAUUCUUCGGCGAUCAGCCAUUCUGGGCAAAGGAGAUAGCAAAGGUUGGAGCCGGAGCAAAGGAAGCAUUGCCUUUGAAGAAGCUCGACAGCGAUAAAUUCGCCAAAGGCAUCAGAGAAUGUCUGGAGCCCGAUGCGAAGGCCAAGGCCCAGGAGAUUGCCAAAAGCAUAGCCAAAGAAGGCGACGGCGCAGAGAAUGCGGUCGACUCAUUCCACCGCUCGCUGCCACUAGCCAAGAUGCGCUGUGGCGUAUUUUCUGACCGUCUGGCAAUUUGGACCAUGAAACACACCAAACUACAGCUGUCAGCAUUGGCAGCGGACCUGUUGAUAGAAAACAAACAGCUCCAGUGGCAGCAGCUUAUCCUGCACAAGAGCCGCGUCUGGAAAGACUUCCAGGGUCCUGGAGAGCCGUUGACUGGGAUUGGAGGCGUGGUGGUUAAUGCUUUCCAGGAAGCGUUCUCGGGACUUUCCGAGAUCAAGGACACAACGACACGAGAUGUGGCAAAGAGGAAAAAGAAGAAGCGAAAACAGCAAGGACUUUCGAUUGAAGAUGCGGUCACACUUCCUGGGCGAUAUGCUCAUGCUAUGAGAGGAGAGACUGCCGAGAAUGCAAAGGAAGAUUAUAGGCGAGCAUCACAGGAACUCAACUUUCACGGCGAAGCUGCCCCAGUCCGAUCUGUCAUGAGUCCUGUACGAUCGAACACACACUACUCAUUCGACGAGGUGGGUCUGACGAGGACGGAGACCAAUACUGGCGAGACUCACACUCCAGUGCUGAUAGCGAAGGAUGUUGGCAAGGGUCUUGGCAAAGGCGUCAAACCGAUUUUGCGACUAACAUCUAAUAUGUGGUAUGCUGCUACGCUCGGGCUCAGGAAUGCGCCUCGACUCUAUGGUGACAAGACGGUCCGGCCACCGUUUGAUCCUAUACAAGAUGUUGCCAGUGGUCUUCAAGUAGCCGGCACCGAAUUCAUCUUCGGUGUGUACGAUGGCGUGACUGGAGUCGUGCGGAUCCCGUACAAGGACGUCAGGGAAGGCGACCAUGGGGCUAUGUCCUUACCUCUGGGCGUUGUUCGUGGGCUGGGUGGCUUGGCCAUCAAGCCGCUUGCCGGAACGAUGGGCCUCAUGGCGUACAGCGGCAAAGGCGUGCAGAUGUCUCUGCGGAAACGCUUUCGAGACACGCGGAAGACUGAGCGCUGGAUCCGCAAAGCCCGAAUGGCCCAGGGUGCGUUAGCCGUGCAGAACUAUAGAUUUCAGGUCACAGCUGGGCGGAGAGUUCCUGCGGACCCGACACGCGAGGCAGAGCUCGAGCGCUUAAGGACUCAAGCGAUGAACUUGUGGUCCAAAGGCAUGGCUGGAAUGGACGAAGACGAGGAUGCCUUCAAGUUCAGCAGGAGGCCCUCGGAACCCACUUCCAAGAAAGACAAAUCACGGAAGAGCAAGACGUUCUAG